AUGACCAAUCUUUUAGCAGAAAAUAUAUUCGGAAUGAAAGGAUACCAGACCGUCAUUACAGGUGGUGGUUCAGGACUAGGGAGAAUGGUAGCUAGGGGAUAUGUUGCCAAUGGAGCUAGUGUUUGUCUUGUUGAUAUGUGUCAAGAUAGAUUAGAAGAAGUGAAAGAAGAGUUGCUAAAGAUUAGAGGUGAAACAUAUUCUGAGUCAAAAAUUACUUCCAUAGUUGGGGAUUUGUCAACAAAAGAAGGUAUAAACCAAAUUCUAGAAGAUAUCAAAGCUGAAAUUUCAGAAUUAGACGUGCUUGUCAAUUGCGCAGGAAUCCGAAAAGUGAACAAGCUUACAUAUACACCAGGAGAAAGCUUAGAAAAAUUAGCUGCUGCUGCUAAUUCGUCAGCCUAUCAAGACUGGGAUAUGACAUUUCGUGUGAACGUUUUUGCGCCCCAUUUUCUAAGUAGUGGGUUAGUGCAAUUGCUAGGGGAAUCCUCAGCUAAAGACCAUGGAAGAGGAAACGUGAUUUUCUUCUCCUCCGUAUCUUCUGUUCAUAAUACGCAGUACGUUCCUACUUAUCAAGUUUCGAAAGCAGCAGUAGAUCACUUAGUAAGAAUCAUGGCCGCAGAGCUUGCAGACAAAUACAUAAGAGUUAAUGCUAUAUCACCAGGAUUAUUUCCAAGCAGAAUGAAUCCAUCUGAUGCUAGUCUCCCAGAGUCAAAUAUGAGGUAUGCGAAAGAAAUGCCUGCCAAAAGAGCAGGACUCGAAGAUGAAAUGGUUGCAGCAGCAUUGUUUCUAGCCAAAAACAAGUAUAUGGAUGGUAGAAUUCUUCGAAUUGACGGGGGUAGGUUACUUGUUGCUCAUGGGAACAUUGCUAGUGAGUAA